AUGGCUCCCCUGACUCUGGCUGUCCUCGGCGCCGGCGAGCGCGGAAACAUCUUUGGCAACCUGGCCCUUCAGCAUCCUGAGCGGGUCAAGGUUGUCGCCGUGGCUGAAGUCCAUCCCUCGCGUCGCUCGAUCUUUGCCAGCAAGCACUCGAUCGCCGAUGCCUCUGUCUUUAGUGACUGGAGGGCACUCGCCGAGCAGCCCAAGCUGGCCGACGCUGUCGUCAUCACCACCCUGGACCGAAUGCACUAUGAAGCGACGAUCCUGUUUGCCCAAAAGGGCUACCACAUUCUGUGUGAGAAACCCCUCGCCACCGAUCCAAACGAAUGUGCCAAGAUGGUCAAGGCCGUCCAGGAUGCCGGCGUCAUCCUCGCCGUUGGGCACGUUCUCCGAUACAGCCCGUACUUUGUGGCUCUGAAGAAGCAGCUCGACAACCAGGCCGUCGGCGACAUCCUCAACAUGAUCCAUGUCGAGCCUGUGGGCAACUACCAUUUCGCCCACAGCUUUGUGCGUGGAAACUGGGGCCGCAAGGAUCUGACCUCGUUCUCACUGAUGACCAAGAGCUGCCACGACCUGGACAUCAUCUGCCACAUGCUCUCUCCCCGACGGCCCCUCUUUGUUUCCAGCUUCGGCUCGCUGACCCACUUCAGGAAGGACAAGAAGCCCAAGGAAGCCGGCGACGCCAAGCGAUGCCAGGAAUGUGCCUACGAGCCGCAGUGUCCUUACUCGACCAACAAGAUUUACAUGGACACCAUCAAGGGAGGACACAAGGGCUGGCCCGUCUCGGUGCUCCAUCCCGAGCCCGACAUCGAGAACAUUGCCGAGGCCCUCCGGACGGGCCCAUAUGGACGAUGUGUUUACGAAUGCGACAAUGACGUCAACGACCACCAGGUGGUCAACAUCGAGUUUGAAGGCGGUGUCAGUGUGUCCUUCACCAUGGUCGCCACCACCCAGCUCUUGUGCCAGCGACUGACUCGUAUCCACGGCUCCCUCGGCGAGAUUACCGGCGACAUGAACAUCUUUGACCUCUUCAGCUUCCAGGACCGGCAGAACCAGACCCAUCACCCCAGCACCACCCUGGGCGGCCACGGCGGUGGCGACGACGGACUGUUCCAUGCCUUCGUCGAGGCGCUCGAGAAGAACGACCAAUCUGUCCUGGGAUGCACCCCAAAUGACAUCCUGACCUCGCACUUGCUUGUCUUUGCCGCAGAGUCGGCCCGAUUGUCUCGAACCGUGGUCGAUUUCAAUGAGUUUGCCUCCACGUACACUGGCCUUGUCUGA